AUGAUUUUACCAUAUGCAAGUGAAAAUGCGAAAGAUAAUGCGGAGCUCUCGGCGCUAAGGACGAAUCCUGAGGCGUGGGAACGGGGGUGUGGGCGGGACCACCGGCCCCGCCCCUCGUGUUACCUAGGAGACCGCAAGCGUCCUGCCGCGGUUGCCGCCGGAGCCCUAGAGGCGGGACUUGAGUCGGCUCUCUGCAGGCAGGGACGAACGCCAGCGGCCAGGAUGUCAACCGUGGGGAAGGUGACCAAGGUUCACAGCGGCAAAGUCUACCAGCAGAUCUUCGAGGCCGAGGUGCAGCUGGUCCAGUCCUUGGCAGCCAGCAGAAAUCGGCCUACAGAACACCCUGUAAUCUCAAAGAGUGAUGGGUUACCCUUGAUGAAGAAGGUGGAGUUUGUUGAAGGGGAGACGAUUUCCCUUCGGCAGUGGAAGUGGCUGAACAGUCUCCCUAAUGAUGGGAUCACAGAAAACCCUGUUAUCCACAGGGAAAAGGAAAUAGCCAGGAAGGAAAAAGCACAAGAGAGUGAGAACACUAUUGCUGCUCGAGAAGUGCGGGGCCUCAUGUCCAACAUUGUUCCUGCAAGGGCAAACAUUGCUGUCCUUCAAGAACAAGAAGAGGCCAAGAGGAGGAAGCAUGAGAAUGCUCUGGCCGGAUUUGAGGAAGAAGUUGCCAAUAUAGGCAUGGAAAUGGAACCUCUCAUCUUGGAGACAGGGCGACUUUUAUCAAAAAAAAUCUCUGAGUCUGAGGAAGAAAUUGACCAACUCUUCAACAAGAUCGAAGGUGACGUCAAUCUUGAGGACUAUUCUAUCGAUACCCUGCUGGAGCUGUGGGAUAAGGUGAUUGAGACGUUUCUGCUCCAGAAGAAGGAGAUUAAGGAGAUGGAUGAAACACUGCUCUCGCUGGAGGCCUCAAGAGCCAGUAAGUUAAAGAACGUGUUGACAAAAUAUGUGGAUAUCAUGCGGAAAACAUCCUACCUGAUGCAGCCUGAUGUGUACAGGUUGAUGGAUAAAGAAGCCAUGAUCAUGAAUCAUGCCUUGCUGGGCAACCAGAGGGCCAUCGCCCAGCUGUCUGCCAACUUGAUGGAAGCUACACUGCAACAGGAGCUCAACAGCUGCUACCGCUGGCGGGGCCUGGUAGAUGCCUGGAAGACUCUCAAGAAAGACUCUGUGCUACAUAGCUUCAGUGAGUUCAUGGCCAGUGAGUGUGUCCAGAAUCCCCCAGCAGUGCAAGAAGAACUACAGGCAAUGCUGACGACCCAGCGUGAACUGAAGCAAAAGCGGUUGGAGCAUCUCUACACCAUAUGUGACCUCCUGCCCCCCAACUUUAACAAAGACCAGCUCACCGAGUGGCAUUCGUCUCUCAACUCCAUGAACAAGAAGCUAGACACCUAUCACAUAGAGUCCAUGAUGAGGCUCCGCUUUCUGUAUGAGACGACGUGGCAGGAGUGCCUGGCACAUGUGCAGGAAUGCAAGAAGCAGCUGCUGGACUGGAAGGCCUUCAGCGAGGAGGAAGCAGAGAACCUGGUGAACCCGACCUUCUUCCAGAUGGUGGGGGUGCUGCAGAGGAAGGUGGAGAAGGAGCUGGAGCUUCUGGAUAGCUCCUUCGAGACCCUGGCCAAGCAGACGGAGUGGCAGAGCUUUGAAGUUUUCAGGUACUUCAAGGAGGCCACAAAGCUGUGGGAGACACACCAGAGCAUGCUGCAGGUGCAAGAGAUGGAACUCGAGAAGAGGAUAGAGAAUCUGCGACAGAAAAAUAGGCUGGAGAGCCAGGGCCUGGAAGCCCAACUUGAUAAGCUCUUAGAUCAACUGAGGCAGCAAAGCCAUGAAGAAGCACUGAGAAUACACCUGGAAAAGGCCAAACAUUUUCUGAAGAACAUACAAUGCAGAUUUGAGAGUUUUCAUGUCCUCCUGGCCAAGGAGGUAAUGGAGUACCCAGUGAUCCUUCUGAAAGAACUCAACAACUACAGCGCCAACCUCAGCCGACAUUUCUUCGUUCGUGAAGUCUUUGAACAGAACUUGAAUGGAGAAGUCAUUUUCACAUUCAGGAGACCAGAUGAACAGGAAGAUAACUUGCUGCAGAAAUUAAGCAAAAAGAAGAAAAAACAAAAGGCAAAAAUGGAUUCGCGCAUUGCUGAAGAGAUCCUAGGUCGAGAGACAGGUUAUGAAAAACCAGCAGAAGUAACCAAAGAAAAAGGUCAAAAGUCCUGGGCAAGGGAAGAGAUACUAAACCAGCACUACAAGUCUUCACAGAGUGACCAGGUGGAUGAGCCCAGAAAAAGCUCUAUGCAUGAAUUAGAAGAAAUGAAGGGUGAAGGAGAGUUCUUUCCAGAAUCUGUGAGGAUCCAAGAAGAGGAGGAAGAGGAGGAAGAACAAAAGGAAGAGGAAAAGGAGGAGGAAGAGAAGGAAGUAGAUGAAGAGAAAGAGGAGGAGGAGGAGGAGGAAGAGAAGGAAGGAGAAGAGAAGGAGGAGGAAGAGAAGGAAGGAGAAGAGAAGGAGGAGGAAGAAGAGAAGAAGGAAGAGGAGGAAGAAAAAAAGGAGAAAGUAAAGGAAGAGGUGAAGGAAACAACUGUAGAGUUCGAGAGUUUAUCUGUGGCUGAGGAAAAGAAACAGGAUGAGAAAAUCAAGGAAGACUUGCAGUCCUUCACAACCUCCAGUGGGAACACUUAUUUUGUCUACGUAUCCCUGGAAGAAGAAGAGAAGAAAUCCAAGACUCUCCAUUCCACCUUCCCAAUCACAUACUUCAGCACACCUUUCACCACCAAGUUCACAGAGCAUGUGAUAAUUCCAUCUGAACUUAUUUUAAAAAUUAAGAAACAACUUCGAGUUGGUUUCUUUGAUCACCUUGAGAAAUGGUUUGACGAAUGUACACUCAGUGUCCGGAUCAUUGUGGCCACCAAAAUUCAUGAAUUGGAUUCUGAGCUAGAGCUGCGUCUGCACCUGCAUGAACCAAGAUUACAGCAUAUUGAGCAGGACAUCCAUAAUGUCAGGGCAGCCGAACUCUUGCUUCACCAAGAGCAGCUGGACAGCCACUGCAUGGGAAUCACCGAGACAUUAAAGAAGGAGAGGCUGAUGUUCUGCCAGUUCCAAGAAGAGCAAACAAUGAGGAGCAAGUACUUCCGCCGUAAGAUCUAUGACAUGGAGCAUAUCUUCUUGAAUGCCACCAAGAGCCAAAAGCUGGUCAUUCUCACCAACACACUACACCGGGAGCUGCUGAGCCACGUGGAUGUUAUUCAGGUGUCCCUGCGCAGUUUCCGGCAGUACUUGGAGGAGAGUCUAGGCAAGCUGCGUUACACCAACAUUGACUACCUCAAGUGCUGCAGGUUGUUUUCUGAAGGAGGUAACUUUUCCCCUGAAGAAAUUGAGUCUAUGUGUCAUCGUCUGGAGAAAGAAGCUUCCCGGAUAGAGUUUGUUGAAAGUUUGAUCAUGAUCCACAUGGAGAAGAUGGAAAAUGAGUACCUGGACCAGGCCAACGAUGUCAUCAACAAAUUUGAGAGUAAAUUCCAUAACUUGUCUGUGGACCUUAUUUUCAUAGAGAAAAUCCAGAGGUUGAUGACAAAUUUGCAAGUAAACAUCAAGUGUCAGGUGGCAAAAUCCAAUUCACAAACAGAUGGAUUAAAUUCUUCUCUGAAGCAGCUUCAAGACAAGAUCGAAAUGUGUCGAAACCCCAAGGGAGAUAAGACAGAGGUGACCACAGAUGACCUCCUUGGGUUUGUCCGAACUUGGAAAGAAAAACUGAACCAGAGGAUUAAGUACCUUAACUGCAGCCUGGAUGUGGUGUCUGUGACUCAAGAUGUCUUUAUGGACAACUUCAUGAAUGAUUUGGAGGUAGAGAGUGAUAUUCUGGUAUCCUCAGAGGCCCUCGAGGAAGAGGCCAAGAUAGGCCUGGUCAGUCCUGAGUCUUUUGCACAGCCAAGUCGCAUGGGGAAGUCCCUGCUUGAUGACCCUGCUGUGGAGGUGAUCAAGAAGAUUCUGCAAAUUCCUAAGAUAAAAUCAGGGUACCUGUGUGACAAAGACCAGACAACUAGCGGCACCAGGCGGCGAUUUCCUUGCCGGGGAGAAAAUGCUAUGAAGAAGUCUUUGCAUAGUGCCAGUGGCACCUCAGAAGGGAGCAUAUCACGGCAUUCCAAGCCGAGCAGAAUGGACAAAAAGUACCAGGUGCUUGGGGACAGGCACUCUCCUUCAGUUGAAGAUUUUAAAGGGAUCAUCAUAAGCCACCUCUGGGAGAGCAAUGACAACCUGCUGACUGUUGUGGAGGAGUUUUACCGCAAAGAGAAGCGUCCGGUCUGCAAGCCUGACUGUAUGCAUGAAAACUUCGACCAGUGUGUUGAGCAUAUCACCAGGAAGAUCUUGGAGUACCAAAGCCAAACAGAUGAAUAUCACAACUCCUGCGUCAUGGAAUUACGAGCCCAGGUGAGGAGAUUUGAGGAGCUCCUACCCCAGGUGUGUUGGCUGGUGAUGGAGAAUUUCAAGGAGCAGCACUGGAAAAAGUUUUGCACUGCCAUGAAUGACAUCCAGGAAGACUUUGCGAGACAGCAGAAAGUGCUAGAGAAAAAGAAGGAUAAAAAUUCUCAAGGACUCCAUCCGAACAUUGGACAUCCCACAUAUUCCCAACAAAUGGAGAAACUAAACCAAGCAGAAAUAAGAAGACAGCAAGAUAUGGAGUACGCAAUUGAGACCAACGAAGAGAAACUGGAGGAAUUCGCCUGGAAAUAUGGCCGCUUUUUCAUAGUCAGCUUGGCCAACUUCACCGAGAGGUUUCUGCAGCAGUUGGAUGAAGUUAUCACUGUGGACGACAUCCAAACUGCAAAGAUGGAUCCCCCCAAGCAGAAAACAUCACUCCUCAUACGGAAAAAACUGGCCAGGCUCUCCUUGGAGGAAGAGAGUGAGAAGCCCCUGAUUGAACGUGGGAGCAGGAAGUGGCCAGGAAUCAAGCCCACCGAGGUCACCAUCCAAACCAAGAUUCUUCUUCGGAAGACACCUUCAAUUGCCACCACGAAGACCACCCUGGGCCACCUGGCAGCCGUGGAAGCCCGAGAUGCUGUGUACCUGAAAUUCUUAGCAUCGUAUGCAGAAAUGCUGAAGAAGAUCCAGGAUGAAAGCACGGCACAGAUAAAGGAUGCUCAACGCUGGAAGGACAGCUGGAAGCGCUCCAUUGACACCCUCCAGGGCCUGUACUUGCCCCAACCUACCCCUGACACCAAAUAA